AGUAGAUCAUUCUUAUUCAACUGGAGUCAACAAUGGCUUAUAUAGCAAAGUCUUUCUAUGACCUUUAUGCUACAAACUUAGAUGGGGAGAAAGUAGAUUUCAAUGUGUUUAGGGGAAGAGUGGUUUUGAUAGAAAAUGUUGCUUCACUUUGAGAUACCACAGUUAGGGAUUAUACCCAGCUGAAUGAGCUGCAGACUAAGUAUCCACGACGGCUUGUAGUGCUGGGUUUCCCGUGCAAUCAGUUUGGCUAUCAGGAAAACUGUAAAAAUGAAGAGAUUCUCAAUUCCUUGAAAUAUGUUCGACCCGGAAAAGGCUUUGAACCAGGAUUCACCCUGUUCCAGAAAUGUGAUGUUAAUGGAAAAGAUACUCACCCUGUUUUUGCUUACUUAAAGGACAAACUACCAGCCCCUGACAAUGAGCCUGCAGCCCUUAUUAGUGACCCCAGAUACAUUGUAUGGAAUCCACUCCAUCGUUCUGACAUUUCCUGGAACUUUGAGAAGUUUCUUAUAGGUCCUGAAGGAGAACCAUUCAAGAGAUACAGCAAAAAAUUUCAAACCAUCAGUAUAGAACCUGACAUCCAGAGACUUCUUAAGCUCACCAAAAACAUCUAGACUCAUAUGUUUGCAUGUAUGAAUGUGUAAAAACCCUGGUGCAUUUCAUAUGUUUCCUUGCAGAAGUAUACACUGCUGAGAGAAGAGUAAGCUUCUACAAAAGGUUUUAGUGCAGAGGUCCCCAACCUUUUUUACCCGUGAGCCACAUUCAGAUGUAAAAAGAGUCAGGAAGCAAUGCAAGUAUAAAAAAUAUUCCUGGGUAGCCUCUAUGUGGACUGGCUGCUACAAGAGGCUCUGUUUGGCAGUACACCUGUUUUUUAUGCAACCAAAACUUGCCUCCAAAACAGAAAUUCAAAAAUACACACCUGCUUUGUGGCCAUUGGGAACAUCCAAGGGGUUGGUAGAAACAUGUUGCUCGAAAGCCACUGGUUGUGGAUCACUAGAUUAGUGUGUCUGUGCUCAGUUCUCUUUGUGGACUAAUGGGGAUUUUAAAAUGAAAACCCUCAAUUGUCAACUGAACAAUUAUUCUGCUGUAUGAGACUUUGCCAUGCAGUUAACUGUAUGUUACAUUUUUAAAUAAUACAAUAUUUACUGCUCCCCCCCAUAAACCAUUAGAAAUGGUGGUUAGUGUUGUGGAGAGGCUCAGUAGUGAGAGUCUUAACUUUUACCCACUCAUUUUUCUUUCCUCAGAGGGACAACUGUUUCUAAAUUUUGCCCACAGGCCCACCCUUAUAACAACUACACACAGGGCCAUGGUGGCCAUUGCAUAUUAAAAAGUAAUAGGCCAACAGUUAUCUUAUAAUUAUUACAAAACAGUCAAAAAUGGGUUUCAGGAUCAGCAGAUUAUCGGUGUUCAGAUGUAAACCUUGUUCUUGAUGACUGUAUUCUUUGAAAACCUGUUAGAAGGAUACAUGAAUAUUUUUACAGGACUGUGUCUGGACACUGCUGUAUUCAGCCUGUAUGAACUCAAAUAAACAUCAUAUGUGCUACAAAA